CUCCCCAACCAGCCCAGCGCUGCUGUACGCGCCGCCCGAGAGCGGGGAGCUCGGGUCUCCGAGCGGUGGCUUCGACCUCCCUAGCCCAGCCCGGCGGCCCCGCACACAGCCGACUCAGCUGUUUUUGAUGACCGAUGAGUGAAUAAAAUGAGUGGCUUAAAUUCAUUUAUUCACCGGGCGAUUACUAAGCUCCUUUGGGGUGUGCGCGCCAGGCCUCGGGAUCUCUGAGUCGGACCCCUAAGCCUUGGCGUCCGGCCCAUCACAUGUCCCCCACUCAGAGUGCCACCUGGGCAUAUGGUAGUGGGUCAGCGAAAAGCCUAGCGUUGGGCCGCGGAACAGAUGGGAAUGGUGCAGCAGGCUCUAGAGAGAUGAGAGGGGCUGAGAUCAGAUAGGGGGAGGGAGGGAAAUGCUGAAGCAUCAUCAAGAAACUCAGGAUGGGACUUCCCUGGUGGCGCAGUGGUUAAGAAUCCGCCUGCUAAUGCAGAGAACAUGGGUUCGAGCCCUGGUCCGGGAAGAUCCCACAUGCGCGGAGCAACUAAGCCCGCGAGCCACAACUAGUGAGCCUGCGUGCCACAACUACUGAAGCCCAUGCGCCUAGAGCCCGUGCUGCGCAACAAGAGAAGCCACUGCAAUGAGAAGCCCACGCACCGCAACGAAGAGUAGCCCCCACUCGCUGCAACUAGAGAAAGCCCGCGCGCAGCAACGAAGACCCAAUGCAGUCAAAAAUAACAAACAAAUAAAAAAAACUCAGGGUGGCAUCAACACAACUUACAGAUGAGUCCAGGGGCGGGGUCCUGGGCAAAUGGGGGGUUGGUCCAAUGGAAAGUUCGUGGAGGUCUGGGUGAGGGUGGCCUUGAAAGCCCCACUAGAAGUGGCUUAAUUCACUGAGUAAUGGAGUUUGCCAGAGAAGAAGGGACCCUCACCUGUUCUAGGUUCAAAGGCCCUCAGCCUGUGCCCACCACCUGGCCCUGUUGCUGGCAGCUGAGAGCCCUGGAGGGUAGUGAGUGGAGAGAGGCAGCAUCUCCCUCUCUUUCCCUAACCUUACACUCUCUGUGAUCUUGGGCAAGUAACCUUGCCUCUCUGUGCCUCAGUGUCUCCCAUCUGUAAAAUGGGGAUGGGUACCUACUACACAGGUUGCUGUGAGGAUUACAUGAGUUAACAUGUACAUUUUUGGAAUGGUGCUUGGCACAUGGGAGUACCUGACAGGCUUCCACAAGCGGAAGGUGGAGCGGAAGAAGGCAGCCAUUGAGGAGAUCAAGAAACGGCUCAAGCAGGAGCAGAAGAAGCUCCGGGAGGAGCGCCACCAGGAAUACUUGAAGAUGCUGGCAGAGAGAGAGGAGGCUCUGGAGGAGGCGGACGAACUGGACCGGCUGGUGACAGCAAAGACAGAGCCGGUGCAGUACGACCACCUCAACCACACGGUCACCGUGACCACCAUCAGCAACCUGGACUUCUCAGCGGCCCGGCUGCUCGGACUGCCCCCGCCUGAGCAAGGGCCCGGGCCCAGGUCUGAGGAGGACGCGUCAUCCGCAGAGAAGCCGACCAGAGCCUUACCCAGGAAGUCCAGAGACCCUCUGCUGUCCCAGCGGAUCUCCUCUCUCACGGCCUCGCUGCACGCGCACAAGCGCAAGAAGGUCAAGAGGAAACAUCCCAGCCGGGCCCAGAACUCCACCAAGAAGCCCCCAAGCGCCACUCGUACCAGUAAGACCCAGCGCCGCCGGCUGACAGGCCAAGCCCGGCACAGCGGGGAGUGAGCCCUGAGACCCAGGCCGUGCCCCAGCCUUGGCUGCAAGGACCUGUCCUGUCCCAGCUUGGCUGUCCCGUAAGCCAGCCUGCACCCAGGCGCUGACUCCCCGGCCCAAACUUGGGAAGCCAGCACCUCUCCGGCCUGGGGCUUGGACUCCAGCCGACGCAGGCAGCUGAGAGCUGGCCUCCGCCAGGGGGAGCCUCCAGGGCCACGUUUGGGGCAUCUUCCCAAAUGUAUACCCCACCGAACCUUGAUUACAUUUGUGAAAGUAAGCGCACGU